AUGCAUGGAGUGGAGUGGCACAGAAACAACAGGCGUAAGGCCGAGGCUCAGCCGGGCACCAUGAAAGACGGCAGGGUAAAGCGCGAUUCGAUCCCGGAGAGAGUGACCCUUAAAAAAGAGAUUGGACUGCUGAGCGCCUGCACCAUCAUUAUAGGUAACAUCAUUGGUUCUGGAAUCUUCAUCUCUCCUAAAGGCGUUCUGGAACACUCAGGAUCAGUUGGAUUGGCACUGGUGGUAUGGAUGUUAGGAGGGGGCAUUGCUGCACUUGGUUCCCUUUGUUAUGCUGAACUUGGGGUCACCAUUCCCAAGUCUGGGGGAGACUACUCAUAUGUUACAGAGAUUUUUGGAGGCCUUGUUGGCUUUCUUCUAUUGUGGAGUGCAGUGUUAAUCAUGUAUCCCACCACUCUGGCAGUAAUAGCCCUUACCUUCUCUAACUAUGUCCUGCAACCUGCCUUUCCCAACUGUGUCCCUCCGUACAUGGCCACGCGUAUGCUCUCCGCAGUCUGCAUAUUAUUUCUAACAUGGGUAAACUGCUUCAGCGUACGCAUGGCCACACGUAUUCAGGAUAUCUUUACCGUGGGAAAGCUAAUGGCACUUGGACUAAUCAUAGCUGUUGGACUGUUUCAGAUCUAUAAAGGUAAUUACGAGGGUCUCACUCCACAAAUAGCAUUCGACUUCUAUAAGACUCCAGCAGUCGGGCAGAUUGCUCUGGCUUUUCUCCAGGCCUCCUUUGCCUUCAGUGGCUGGAACUUUCUCAACUAUGUCACAGAAGAAGUGGUGGAUCCCAGGAGGAACCUUCCCCGUGCAAUUUACAUCUCCAUUCCUCUGGUAACUGUUGUAUACACACUCACCAAUAUUGCCUACUUCUCCUCCAUGUCUCCAGAGGAGCUGCUGGCCUCAAACGCUGUGGCUGUAACGUUUGGAGAAAAGCUUCUUGGAAUGUUCUCCACUAUCAUUCCCAUCUCUGUUGCACUUUCCACAUUCGGAGGCAUCAAUGGCUACCUCUUCACCUCAUCCAGACUUUGUUUCUCUGGUGCUAGAGAAGGACAUUUACCCAGCUUACUGGCUAUGAUUCACUAUAAAAGCUGCACCCCUAUACCAGCCCUGCUUGUUAGUUGCACUGCUACAAUUGUAAUUAUGUGCAUUGGGGAAACGCACAACCUAAUAAACUAUGUGUCCUUCAUCAACUACCUCUCCUAUGGAGUCACCAUUGCUGGCAUGCUGUAUUACAGAUGGAAAAAGCCAAAUCUGUACAGACCUGUUAAGGUAAGUCUUUUGGUACCUGUGUGUUAUCUGCUGUUUUGGGCCCUGCUUCUGGGAUUUAGUCUGCAUUCAGAGCCUUUGGUCUGUGGAGUGGGGCUGGUCAUCAUGCUCACAGGAGUGCCUGUCUACUUUCUGGUGGUGUACUGGAAACACAAGCCCAAGUGUAUCCAUGACUUCAUUGAAUGGGCAACGUAUCUGGGUCAGAGGUUGUUAUUUGUAGUUUUCCCUCAAGUUGACCCCAUUGAAGACACAGUACCAGUAGAAUGGACGAACAAAUCUUCUUUUAUAAACAAGACCUGUGGACCUGUUUGACUUUUAUAUUUUAGUUAUAUUUCUGUAUGUUUAUUCUUUACUUGUAUAAGGUUUUGUUCAACCUUAGAGUGCCCUGUGUAGAAUAUGGCUUUAAGUCAAUUUUCACAAAUGGAAUUGUCUAUGGGCCUUUCUUUUUGUGUAUGGAUAUAUCAGUAUUUUAACCUAUAGAACAUUUAAAUCCAUU